UACUUUUAUAAACGAAAUAAAUUAUUGUCAUAAUACAUAUAAAAUUUCUUAUACAAAAAUAUCAAUUUUUAAUGUUUUUUAAAACGUCCAAAUAUACCAAAUUUUACAUUUUAUUUUCAAUACAUAUGUAUCUCUGAAUGAUGAUAAAUAAAUUGAUAUUUUAUACAGCUCACAACUAUACGUUUAUUUAUAUUAUAAUUUUCCUAAAAUAUGAUAAUUUACACAAUUGCACAAGCAUAAGACAACUUGUAUACUAAAUUAAAAGUACUUAAGAUAAUUCAUUGAGAUGAUAUUGAUGCUGAGUAACUAUACAUUAUACACUUUAGUAGUGAGAGUAAGCACGAACGUUAGCAGUUGCAAAGUGCAAGUGUGAGCAAUUUUGCUUUAAGUACGUAAAAGGUCUAAUAUGGCUACUCUGGUUAGAUACAUAAAACAAAAAUAUCCAAACAUACAAAAGUGGGCAUAUAAUGCUAGUGGAUUUAAUAAGUAUGGUUUAUAUAAAGAUGACCUUUUGUGGGAGGAUGAAGAUGUAUUAGAAGCAUUACGGCGACUACCACCUCAUUUAGUAGAAGAACGUAAUUUCCGAAUUAUCAGAGCCACACAGUUAGAUGUUCAACAUAAGAUUUUACCAAAAGAACAAUGGACUAAAUGGGAAGAGGAUGUAGAAUACCUUACACCCUAUGUAGAGGAAGUAAAAAGAGAACGAGCAGAGAGAGCAAAAUGGGAUGCAGAGUAAAUUAUAAUAAUGUAGUAAUAAAUAUAUUCAUCUUACACUUAGAUUGUAAUUUCAAGAUAUUGGUUUGUGUAUAUAACAUACAGAUAUUAAAUAAACUAUCUUUAGGCACUUAAA